CGGAUUCAAUCCCCCAAACUUCUUGGGCGAAGAAACUUGCAUACAUAUGGCUCAACAGGAAGAUGGAUGGCCUCUUGGGCUACAACCACUCAAUGUGAGAGUUGGGUUAGUCAGAAAUCGUGAUCUCAAUGGAUCAGUUUCCUUCAGCACUUUGCUCACUGCUUCACCCAACUCCUUCACCGAUUCCUCUUCCGAUCUUGAUACUCAGUCCACCGGUUCUUUCUUCCGAGACAAGAGCAUCACUCUCGGGAACCUCAUGGGUGUUUCCAGCAUUUUAGAGCUCUCACGAAGGUCGACAAGAGGAAGAACAGGUGAGACCUUGAGGGACAAAAAGAGUUACAAAUCCAAAACUUGGUUAUUCUCAAUAUGCUCGAAGUUGACUACUGAUGCUGUGAGCAUGAACAAUAAUAGCACUCCCUCUUUAGGCCACUUUCUUGAAGCAGAAAGGAGAGCUGCCACCAUUUACCGUAGGACUCAGAGCCCAGCCCCCGAUGAUUUCUCUCAUGUCCUGCCGGUUUCUGACCCAAACUCGCUAUUCAUCAACGGCCGUGUCAUUCCUCCUCCUCCUCAGUCGAGCUCAUGGUUGGCUUCAGAUGGUGAAAGAGGAAGCAAUAGAUGCUUAUUUGAGCAUGGUAACGGGUAUGGAGCUCCACUAGUCUUGUCAUGUUUAUGUGGGCAACUUAAUGAAUGAAUGAUUACUUCUCAGAUAACUAUUUCUAAAAAAUUUCUGCUACUGUGUUCUUGAAAUGAACUAAAAUUUCAUUGUGAUGAGAGAAGACUUGUUUUUCUAUAGGUAGUGUAACACAUUUUUGUAAUGAUUGUUUACUUGAUUCAUUGGGGGUAGAUUUUGAGGCAA